CAUCCAUCCGACUCCUGGCCCGAUGCUAAAGUAGGAACGGGCAUGAGGCUGGGGUCGAGGGGGCCAGAGUGCAUAUGCCAUAUCAUAUCCCGGGUUCUGGGGUAUGUUGCUGCCGGUAGUCCUUGGACAAUGGAUAUUACCCGACCGAGAGGCCCUGGGAUCCUCUCUUGUCUCCCCGCGACUCCAGCUCUGCUUUCACCGUCGGAUGAAGCCCCGAAUGACUGUUCCCGAACCGGCAGGUCACUGACUUUCCCCGCCUUUUUUCUUUUCUUUUCUUUUUCUUUUGGGUUUUUGUCGGGUUUUCGAUCUUUCUCUCCUUUUGUAUCUCCACCGUCAUCGUCAUCUCCACCGUCAUCGUCAUCUCCACCGUCAUCGUCAUCUCCAUCUCCAUCUCCAUCUUCAUUCAUCGGCGUCUAUAUUUAUAUCUGCAUCUUCAGCUUCAACCGUCGGAGAAUUUUCGCUCGGGCUCGAGAUGGCCUGAUCUCCCUCUUUUUUCUUGAUUUCGUGCACCCACUAGACCAGGCUAAAGUCGACUAGCAGACGGCCCUACCAAGUCCCCUUAUGCUGCAUCGCCUGACUAGUCUAGUGUUUUAGUCUCCUUUCCCCGGCUUGCCAGGAUCUGGGGGCCUCGUGUCGUUUCCCCAACGGUGCCAUUGCUGCGAUUCGCCUAAUUGUCCUCCACAUCUCCAUUUGUUUCCCGAACCCGACGCUGUUGCUCGGCUAUGGUUCACUUCUGACUGUCCGAUCCCUCUUCCUCUUCCUCUCUCUCCUCUGGUCCUGUCCGCCGUUCUCGUGAUUUUCCCUUCUCUAAUCCCGCCCUCUCGGUCUCUCUAUCUCUCUUUUAGUCGAUCUCGUUCGUCUUCUCUACCCCGGACGACUUCCUCCUACUUCCUUUGGAAGCUGGGGCCUUACGGCCCUUCCAUCAUUCCCCGUAUUUUGUUUUUCCCUUCCCACCCC